AUGUCUGCCGCAAACAAGAUCAACAAGAUCACACAGGACUCCGUCGAGCUCACCGUCGCUCAGGCACUCUACGACCUCGAGACCUCCGUCGCAGACCUCAAGGCAGACCUCCGUCCUCUCCAAAUCUCCGCUGCAAAGGAGAUUGAGGUGGGUGCAGGCAAGAAGGCCAUUGUCAUCUUUGUCCCCGUGCCUCAGUUGCAGGCCUUCCACAAGAUCCAGCAACGGUUGACCCGCGAGCUGGAGAAGAAGUUCUCUGACAGGCAUGUUGUCUUUGUUGCGCAACGCCGUAUCCUCAAGAAGCCAGGACGACGAUCGCGUGCUACUCAGAAGAGGCCGCGUAACCGUACAUUGACAUCGGUUCACGAGAAGAUUCUUGAGGACCUCGUCUUCCCAACAGAGAUCGUUGGCAAGCGUACCCGUUCCCUCACCGAUGGCCGCAAGAUCCAGAAAGUGUUUCUUGACCAAAAGGAUGCUGGCAACCUUGACUACAAGCUUGACUCUUUCUCUAGCGUGUACAGCAAGCUUACAGGCAAGACUGUUGUCUUUGAGUUCCCUGCCGUCCAGCAGCAAGAGUAG